GCAGGCGUUUGUUGUCUUCCGAGCAAGCACUCGACUCUGCAGCGCCUUCCUCAUAUUCUUGCGGACCUUCACAGUCGAGGGUGCACGGUUCGGUGUUCGCGUCCGGUUUACUUGCUUGGCUGUGGAUCUUUUGCGUAAGCUGCUCCCGGUGCUUCCUGCGGGAUCGAACCCGAGAUUGUUUCGCGACUUUUCAUUUCGCCACUUGCCUACCCGCCCGCGAGUCCUCUGCCUUGAGAAGGAGCAUCCACUGUGCUUGGGAACAGGCCGCAUUUGAAAAUGCGUCAAGGUCGCGCUGCAUCGUCUCUGGAAUUGCGUCUGUGGGAGAAAUAGUCGUGGGGUGUCGCCACCCUUGGAGGAAAACUGGUGCCCAGGGCAACCUGUAGAAUCCGUGGCAAGGACGCAACGGGACUGCCUCAAGCGAUUUUUGCUGGCGAAGGUCAGGAGUCCCACGAGGGAAAGGUGCACGCUAUCGAACAGUUAAGCGAAGAUGGUUUCUACCAACGAACCAGGAUAUUGUGCAGUUCGCAGGUGACUUCCGCAGCGGCUCGAAGACUGCUGGAUAGAUUUUAAGCCUUCCUGAGUGCAUUUGCUCGCAUUUUCCUAGUUCCACCGUAUGAAUCUGUGUAUUCUCUGCCCUUUAGUGUCGGUUAAAGCCCUUUCCCAGUGAAGUGCAUUCCCCAUAAUUUGCCUUUUGCGAAGUCCCCAUUCUUCCCUGAUCGGUCGAUACCAGUUGAGCGUCGAUUAUCGGUUUCCUCAUUUUCGCGCUGUGAAAAUUUGCUGAAACUCGCGAGUCGCGCCUGCUUCCCUUCUGUUUGCAUUUUUGUGUUUUAUGUGCUUUUUUGCGCCGUUGCAUAUGCGACCGGGUGCAUCUCUAUGUGGACGUAGACCUGAAAUUGGACGACAUCGAACGGCCAGGAAUUAGCAAGACGAUUUCCGGAUAAUAUCGCAUUACCGCCGAGACCUCGCCACAGAAAGUACGCGGCCCGAGAAACAGGUUUCAUGCUGUUUCGAGGAGAAUAAUACACAUUGGCAUUUCUUAAUGAAUGUAACCAACACACGUUUCAAAGAAUGUCGUCGACUGGAUUGAUGUCAUGUGUACGAGAAAAUUCUCCACCUAUCGAAAUGGCUGCAAGCGAGUCGGGGGCCUUUUCUCUGCCCAAUACAGCGACUACAGACUCGCAGAAACGCCGCCGAUUUCAUCCAUUACGAAACCUUCGUCGGAUAUUUCGCCGUCGAACAUUGUCGGGGGCUGAUACCCUUGGCCGUACAGUAUCCUCGACACCCUCGUCACCUUUAUCGCAGGCGUCACAAACAUCCCUCACGUCAUCACAGUCAACUGCCUCCCCGGCCACGGUUAUUGCGUCGGUGCCUGCGCACAGCGUUCCAUGUUUCAGUCGGGAAGGAAACUACGUAUCACCUGUUGACGUCAUAACAAUGUCGUCGGCGGCAGCGGCCACCACGGGAGCCGUUUUUUCGCCAUCGCAGCCGCAUCCGAUCAGUUUGACCGGGAACCGGGACACGGGCACUUGCGGGUUAACAGCGGUGGCGCCGAAUCAUUUUAAAAUCACGCCGUCGGCGUCGGGCGGGUUUUUCGUGAAGAACGCGAGCGGUGAGAGUGCUUUCGGCCGAGGACGCGAGCCUAUGUCAACAACACUAACCAGCACCCAGGAUAUGGACGAGAAUCGUGAUAUAAUGGACUACCAGCGCAGCCUGAGCGAAGGACGAUUGGUGGACAGUGAUUACAGUAGGGACACACUUUCACAGUCACGCGACAGUGUUUUCUCAGAAUCAGCAACAGCAAGCAGUUUAUCGCUGGGACUUAAGGCCGAACUUUUUGAUGUUCUACGGAAACGUCGCAAUAGACCGGAUGCCUCAGAGGAAGAUUUGGGACUACCGAGAAGCCCUACAACUCCUCAGCGGAAAGAACGCACUGUCAAUCAAAGUGAGGUGUCCUCGCUAAGUCUCCUCAGCAUGGCUAGUUCCGAGCUCGAUGAUGAGCUCACAGCUUCGCCAAAUUAUAGUGGUGGUGACAAACUGGCAAAUUCAAGUUUUUCUUCUAGUGGAAGAUAUUCGACGUCAUUCGAAAUGUCAAGGAAUUCAGAUGAAAUAGAUUUGGAUAUAUCAGUUGGAUCGCGAUUAUCGCAUUCGGCGGCUCAUCAUAAAAUGGCUGUGAGACCUAAGAAGAAAGGACCAACGCGACAUCGUAGGCCAAAAGAGCCAACCGUGCUUCCAUCAACGCCUGAAGUAAAUGAGGAUUUGCUGAAGUUGUCCACUCCAGAUAUAAAAGAUCCAUCAUUAGACAAGCAAAAAGCCAAAUCACACUCUCUACCGCCUGGAGUGAACGCGAAAGUAAUGGAGAAACAUAGCACUGCCACUGUAAAAGAAACUUCUUCCAUAAGUAUGAAGCGUUCAAAAACAGAGACUACUUCAGUAUCUUCCACAUGCGUCGUGCAAAGCGUACGCACCGAAAUUGAACAUGUAUCCAGUAGUCAGACUUCAACUUUGGAGCGCAAUCGGGAUGACGAAGGAAGUUUCUUUAAACGAUUCUUGCAUAGGAGCUCAAAGAAAAUGAAACGAUCCGCAGAUGAGGGUGAUCAUGCCGACGAGACGUUGCCAUCAAUUUCGGUUGAAAAUUAUGAGAAUGCCACUAUUAGACCAGAAGACAAUAAACCAGCACCUACUGAAGUCACCAGAAGGGAACUUGCCGCAGAAGUAAGAACAGGUUUGAGUGCUCUAUUGAAUUCAAUGAUGACUCCAUCAGGGCACGAGCGACCAGCUCCGGAUAAUAUUCCAGCGCAAAAAAUUUCGAAGCCGAAGUCCGGCCCUGCAGCUCGACAAAGGGUCCAACCUCAAGAUCUUUCAAUGCAGGCUCCACAACCUCCACCCGAAAUAUCGAUAUCGGAACUAAGUCCAUCUGCUUUACUGAUAGAGAAUGAAAAACAAAUAUCGCGUUCUUUAGAACCAAAUUCCACAAUACAAAUAAACACACCUUUUGAAAUGGAAUCCACGGAAAAACUGGUAAAGCUACCCUCAAAGCCCGCUGAAGAAAGCAAGAUACCUACUAGGCAGAAACCAGCCAAAGAUGAUGCCUUACCCAGUAUAGUGUUCACUCACGAGCACUUUGAAAAGAAAGAUAGUCGUGCUCAGCCGAAAAUUGUUGGUCUAAGUCCGUUCCAGCAAAAAAUCUCUCGAGUAGAGUCUUCAACGCUAGAUGUUCUUAAACCAGUUCCAAAGCAAAGGAAAUCGGUGGAAAAGUCAAAGAGUUUUCGAUAUUACGACGAAUCGGAGAAUUCUGAAGGUAACCUCAAGAAGCGCGAAAAUAUGCCUAGCCUUCCCGAUUUGACAUCAUCACGGAAGUCAAUGGAGUCUAGUGAAUUCACUAUAACUAGUGUUAAUAAAGUGGAGCCAAAGCCAGUGUCUUCGAUGGGCUUUGAAAUUAAUGACAACAACUUAAUCAAACUGAGGAAACAUGAAGAACCAGCAGCAGUUCCUGCACAGGGUAGUAUUUUCACGAAAAAUAUUAUCCUUUCCACAACCAAACCAACUUCCCCAACUUGCAAUAAGAAUAUAACAGAAAUAGAAGAAAAUAUUGAUAAACUUGUCAAAUCGCCGUUUGUUACAGUUUUAAAGUCGGAGGAGCUAAAUGAAAUUAAAACCCUUUCAAAUGUAUCAACUACGAUUAUUUGUAAAACGGAAACUUUCCAAAGUAGAGAAGUGACGGAAUCUGUUCAGACCCGUCUGAGGUACUCAGAUAAAAUAAAGUCAGCUUCUAGUGAAAUUUUAAGUAAAUCCGAGGCUAAGUCGGUCGAAAAAGCUCGUGUUGAAAAUUUUGAACAGAAGACUCUUUCCACUGAUUCAUCUAGUGAGAAGAAAUUUAUAUUAGAACUUACAGAUUCUAAAUUUGACAACAAAACGAAGGAACCAUCUUCAGCUACGACACCCACUAAGGCUCGUCGUAGUUCUGCAUUCUUCGAAUCGAAGUCUGAAGAUGAGCAGAUUCCUGAGUUCAUGAAGAUUCAGUUGAAUCGUGUUGAUUCAAACCGGCCGAAGAGUAAUCUAGUUCUUUCCAAGAAUGUCAAAACACCCGACUCAGAAGAUCGUGGGGAGAUGACAAGACGAUUCAGCAAUGAAUCAGUUGAAAUCACCGACACUAAACCACCUUUGCCACCAGAUGCAACGGUUGGAUCAAGUUUAAGUAAACGCAGCAGCAUCACUAGCACGACAAGCGUGACGAAAUUAAUUGAGGAUACUCCAAUUCCACCGGUGAAGAGUCCGAUUAGUAAAAAGGCUGAGGAGCUUCCUCUAAAAAGUCCUGUCAAAAAGGUCGAUGAAGAGAAUAAUGUCUUGAAAAAUACAGAGAAUACUCCAGUACCACCGGCGAUUGAACCUGUAAGUCUGCGCGAAGGAAAGCCUAAGUACAUUAAGAAAAUUGAAGAGCAAAAAGCUGAGAAGCGGAAGUCUGUGAUCGAAAGUAGUCGGGAAACGAUUGAAAGGGAAACUGGUGUCGUUUUGCGUAAGAAAUCAUUCUCUGCCAACAAUCAGUCUUCCAAUAAUAAAGAAGAUACACCAGAGUUGAUGAAAGUAUUUGCCAGGCGUUCUCUCAAAAUCAAGGAUACAGAGGAUACACAGAACUUUGACGACCCAGACAAAACUAAUUCUCUGAAGAAAUCCGGGAACCUGGAUAGUGAUAAGGAAAACCAAUCUUCUAGCGAAGAAAAGUUGGACAAGCUUCCUAAAAUUGAAAUUACAAUACAGCCAAAGUCUUCGCUCCAAAAUGGUCAACUCGCCUCGAAAAGUGAGGAGAAAGUUCGAACCUCGAUAACGGAUCUAUUCCGGAAGCCAAAUACAGCUGCUCUCAUUAACACAACCACGCCAAAGCCGUUCGUUCAACCUGCCCGGUACAGUUCGGUGGCAACAUAUCGGAGUAUAUCGACAGCCUUUGCAGAGAAGAAGAAGGACACAUCGGCAACUCCUCUAAUAACCUCGUCCGUUGCGUCUCCGACUAUAACCACUUCCACAACUCAAGCCCCGACUACAGGAUCAACGACCACGAGUCCCGAGCAGACAACUAUUACAACCGACGAAAACGAACGGAACAACAAUAACCCAACCGUCAGUAAUAUCAGCAAUACUAACAACAUUCGACAUACCAUCGGCACUUCAAGCCCUGUUACUGCCAAACUAGUGAGUAACCCCGGCUCGGGGGAGUUCAAGGGAAUCCUGCAGAGGCGUGCCGAGUGGGAGCAGCGAGCCAAAGAGGCAUCGAAGUGAUUCAUUCGAUUUUUCUGUAGAAUAUUAAGAAAUCUGUAAACUUGGAAGAGAAGAAAGAUAAUUUUGCUUAGAUGUAAAUCAAUCAGACGCGGAAAUCAGCUCCAUUCAAACUGUAAAUCUACUAAUUUGUAAAUUCUUCAAAAUAAAUGAAUUCUUAGUGAUGACAGAUGUGUAAUCAUAUAUACUAAAUAGUUUUGCUAUCGACUGAUUGAUGGAGGUAACAAUUUAAUGACUGUGACGAUUGGGAAACUGCGAUUUUUUAUUAUUUGAUCUUUUUAUAUCAUAUCGGUUUUAGUAACACAUUUGCACUAAGAAAACGAGAGAAAUGACGAUGACAAUGGCGCCAAGCACGAUAUAAAUUAUGUAUACUGAGAUAGCUGAAGUUUGUAUUCGUAGAGCUUAUCCCUGAUUUGUUUGUUGACUUGUAGAGUUUUGAUUGCGAUCAAAUGUUUAUAUAAAUGAUAUACAUAGAGGAGAGAUUAAGGAUGCUACACAGAGAAAUAUGCAACGUACUAUGAAAUAUUUGUAAUGACGUGUAUCAUACACUUGUUGAAAUUAUAUAAUAAAUGAUAUAUACAUAUAUAUUUACAUGAAAUGUAAAA